UGUGGGGCCGGGGGGUGUGAGUGUAACCCGAGGCCGGGGCUGUGCGGUUUGUGCCCGGGACAGAUGGCGGCGAUGGAAGCCAACAUAGAAUAUUCCAGACAGUUGCAGAGCCGCUGGGAGCGGGUUACGGAGUUGGCGGAGUUCACCGAGCGCUGCGCGGCCUCGGUCCAGGAUCUCCUCACUCGGCUGGGCUGGAGCCUGGGCCUGGGCCUGGACCUGGACCCCAGCAACCCCGAGCCGCCGGCCGGGGGCCCGCUUGAGCCAAUGGCUAUUUGCCCACUUGAUGCAGGUCAUAGAGUUCCUAAAUCAUCUCUAGAAAAACACGUUACGUCCUGCAGACUAAGAAAACUGGGAUAUUCCAAAGAAGAGGAGGAUAAAAUGUACGAUUCCUCAUUUUUCUACGAGAAAUUUCUGCUGCCCACUCUGAAAGUUGAUAAAGAACUACAGGCUCAGAUAAUUCAGAAGGCUAGAAAUGAUGCUCCAGUUGGAAAAGAGGAAAGGCUGUUCUGCCAAAGUGAUUAUUCAUCAGCACCUUGUGAGGUUCCUCAGAAUCAUAAGCGUUUCGUCUGUGACCUAACUCCAGCGGAUCGUCUCGCUAUCUAUGAAUAUGUUGUGCAAGAAACCAAUCAGCAGAAAACUCGAGCUUGCUCUGUUGAAAAUGACAGUGAUUUGUACGUGGACCUAGCUGCAAAACUCAGUCGAGAUGAAGAACAGAAGGAGCCUAAGUCUCACCUGGAAAUUCUUGCUGAAAUGAGAGAUUACAAACGUCGUCGCCAAUCUUACAGAGCCAAAAAUGUUCAUAUAACAAAGAAAUCGUACACAGAGAUUAUUAGGGAUGUUAUUAAUGUACAUAUGGACGAACUCUCCAAAUACUGGAAAAACCAGAAUGAAUCUGAUCACUCUGAAGAACAUGAAGAACCCAGCCCUUCCAUAUCAUCAAAAACUUCAACUUCUCGACGAAAAAGAUCUGACGAUCGAAGGUCGCCGUCAGUGGAAUCUCGACUGUCUACUGGGAGCAGUAAAGCUGUAGAUCGUGUCACCCGCAGAAAAAAUCGAAGCAGAAGUCCACAUGAUCAGAGAAAUCCAGAACGGGGGAGAGAAAGAGAUGGACGAAAAAAACGAGAGAGGAAGCAUCACUCUCGAGAUGAAGAUCGGAAUCACAGUCAUAAACGACGGAAAUGAAGUACAAUGGAAUGGAUAACUGAAGUAAAAGUUAUGGAAAAAAGUGUUUUGCAUAUAAUGUGAUGACUGUCUCAAACAAGUAUUCUUUAAAUUUGUAGUAUUUAAACCUGGCUAUUAACUUGUCAAGCAUCAACUGGAAUACAUGGCACAAUUCUAAGGCAGUAAUCUUAUCUUGGGCUUCAAAUAAUGUAUACAAUCUGCCUGUAUCAUUCUUAUUCUCUGUUGCCUCUAUCAUAUGCUUUACAAUAACUAACGCACCAACAGUCUCUGUCUGAGCCUCGGAAUCCUCAGUCUUAGCACUGACUUGAGCAUUACUGCAGAGUAGACUGGAUGUUCCUCUGACACUUGCAAUUACGGAGUCCUGCAGCUCAGUGGUUAGAGCACUCGCUUUGCAAGCGAGA